AACAGAUUCCUUCCUGCCCGCAGAUCUUCGUCAUUUUUGCUUUUCCGAAAGCGAUUGAACCUUUCGAAAAUGAGCACAGCAGAGCUUCUCAGCAUCGAACCUAUAGAGCUCAAGUUUCCCUUUGAGCUGAAGAAGCAGAUCUCAUCUUCUUUUCAAUUGGCAAAUAAAACUGAUAAUUAUAUAGCUUUCAAGGUGAAAACAACAAAUCCGAAGAAGUAUUGUGUUCGUCCCAACACCGGGGUUGUCUUGCCUCGAUCAACAUGUGAUGUUAUAGUUACCAUGCAAGCACAGAAGGAGGCUCCUCUUGACAUGCAAUGCAAGGAUAAGUUUCUCCUUCAGAGUGUGAAAGCACAUGAUGGCGCUACCGCGAAGGAUAUUACUGCAGAAAUGUUCAAUAAGGAAUCAGGGAAUGUGGUUGAUGAGUGCAAGUUGAGAGUGCUCUAUGUUUCUCCACCUCAGCCACCAUCACCUGUUCCUGAAGAAUCAGAAGAUGGGUCUCCGCCUAGAGACAAUGGGAAUGGCAAUGGUUCUGACUUUGCUACUACUACAAGAGCAUUAGCUGCUCGGCUUGAACCUCUAGACAAAUCUGCUGAGGCGAAAGUUCUUAUAUCAAAGCUGACUGAGGAAAAGAAUAAUGCAGUUCAACAUAACAACAAGCUUCGGCAGGAACUGGAACUCUUGAAGCGCGAGGGCAGCAAAACCCGUGGUGGUGUAUCACUCAUGUUUGUCGUAUUCAUCGGUUUGCUUGGCAUAAUCAUGGGGUAUGUCAUGAAGAAAACGUAACAGGCAGUCCAUCCUCAGUCUUUUCAGCAUUAUAUUUUCCCACUACUUUCUUUGUGCGGUGCAUUCUGUUGGAGGCAAUCAAGAAUUUGAUGAGCUAAGCUGGUGGUUUUAUUAGUUAGUUUUCUGGCAUUAGAAAACUUGUCAAAGGUCAGAGCAUGGAUCUUUAGCUGCUAGUCGUCCACUCGUACUUCUGUUAGCAUGCAUUCUUUUUGUAACUUAAAGAGAGCGAUCUCAAUCUUCUUCCUUUUAUUUUUAUUUUUUAACCCCCCAUCUUCCUUCUGUUGCUCAAUUUGAGAGAUUCUGAUAAUGGUAACACGAAAAACCUGUUAAUAAAUUUACACACCCUAG